CAAGACAAGAGGAAACCUUUCCUGCCCGAUCGAUCCAUCGAUCUUGCAUGCAAUGACGCCUCCGACGGCCACCUCCCUCACCCUCCUCGUCCUCGCCGCCAUCACCAUGGUCGCCGCGGCGGACGGGCCGCCCGCCACCUACCUGUUCUUCGUCGACCCCACACCGCCCGGCGUCACCUGCAUGCAGUACCACCUCGGCAUCCUCACCGCCGCCCUCGGCAGCGAGGAGAAGGCGAAGGCGGCGAUCAUAUACAACUACAAGAACGUGGUCAGCGGCUUCUCGGCGAGGGUCACGCCGGCCGAGCUCGAGGCCAUCAAGAAGCAACCGCAUGUGAACCGGGCGCUGCCGAGCGCGACGUUGCAACUCAUGAGCAGCAACUUCGACGGCGUCAACUGAUCCAAUCUAGUCCUGCCCAUCCAUUCGGCUGAUUCGGGCUGAUACAUAUCCUGCAACACGUGUACUGAUUCUCUGGAGAAGCGAACAUCUUUUUUCUCUUCAAGAAGAUCGGAUGAUGAUGUAAUCUCAUUAGCAAAGCUCUUACUAAUUUUCAUGUGUGCCUAUCUAUUUUUGGUUCUAGUUCUGCAAUCUGCAUGAAUGUGCAUGUACUUGCAGAUAAUGCAAAAUCGCCUCAAAAUGAUUCCUUAGGCUGUGUUUGAUAGCAAAUGGUGAAAUAAACUGAAGUAUCCAAAACUGAA